UAGGGCCUGGGCAUGUCCCAGAAGCCCCAACGCCGGGGAAGGGUUUGCAGCUGCUCCGUCAUCGUGCGCCAGGACGCGAGCCCGCGCGCGCGCACAGGCCCCGUCCGGCGCCCCCGGUCCCCGGCGCGAGCGCUCACGAGAGGCCCCGGCUCCGGCCCCCCAGACUAGGCCGCGCCCCGGGACUCCGGGCGCCAUGAAGCAAGAGGGCUCAGCGCGGCGCCGAGGCGCCGACAAGGCGAAGCAGCCGCCCGGAGGAGGAGAGCAAGAGCCGCCGCCGCCUCCGCCGCCGCCGCCUCCCCCGGCCGCCCCCCUGGAUGUGGAGAUGAAGGAGGAGGCGGCGGCGGCGGCGGCCGGCGGAGCAGCCGGGGAAGGCGAGGGCAAAGUGGCCUUGGCAGAGCGCUCCCAGCGGGAGCUGGACACAGUCACCUUGGAGGACAUCAAGGAGCAUGUGAAGCAGCUAGAGAAGGCUGUGUCAGGCAAGGAGCCCCGCUUUGUACUAAGGGCCCUUCGGAUGCUACCUUCCACUUCACGCCGUCUCAACCCGUAUGUUCUCUACAAAGCUGUUCUUGGCUUUUUCACCUCCUGUAAUGCCACCCGUGAUUUCUUAGUUGCCUUCUUGGAAGAGCCCAUGGAUACAGAAGCAGAUUUGCAGUUCCGUCCCAGGACAGGAAAAGCUGCCUCAGCCCCUCUCUUACCUGAGGUGGAGGCAUAUCUCCAGCUUCUCAUGGUCAUCUACCUGAUGAACAGCAAGCGCUACAAAGAGGCACAAAGGGUUUCUGAUGACCUCAUGCAGAAAAUCAGUACCCAGAACCGCCGAGCCCUGGACCUGGUGGCAGCAAAGUGUUAUUAUUACCAUGCCCGUGUCUAUGAGUUCUUAGACAAGCUGGAUGUGGUACGCAGCUUCCUACAUGCCAGGUUACGGACAGCCACCCUUAGGCAUGAUGCAGAUGGCCAGGCCACUCUGCUUAACCUCCUGUUGCGAAACUACCUGCAUUACAGCCUGUAUGACCAGGCCGAGAAAUUGGUGUCCAAGUCUGUGUUUCCUGAGCAAGCCAACAACAAUGAGUGGGCAAGGUACCUCUACUACACAGGGCGAAUCAAAGCCAUCCAGCUGGAAUACUCGGAGGCCCGAAGAACGAUGACCAAUGCUUUGCGCAAGGCCCCCCAACACACAGCUGUUGGCUUCAAGCAGACAGUGCACAAGCUGCUCAUUGUCGUGGAGCUACUGCUAGGGGAGAUCCCAGACAGACUACAGUUCCGUCAGCCCUCUCUCAAGCGUUCCCUCAUGCCCUACUUUCUUCUGACCCAAGCUGUCAGGACAGGAAACCUAGCCAAGUUCAACCUGGUCCUGGAUCAGUUUGGAGAAAAGUUUCAGGCAGAUGGGACCUACACCUUGAUCAUACGACUGCGACACAAUGUAAUUAAAACAGGUGUGCGUAUGAUCAGCCUCUCCUACUCCCGAAUCUCCCUGGCUGACAUUGCCCAGAAGCUGCAGCUGGAUAGCCCAGAAGAUGCAGAGUUCAUUGUUGCCAAGGCCAUCCGAGAUGGUGUCAUAGAGGCUAGCAUCAACCAUGAAAAGGGUUAUGUCCAGUCCAAGGAGAUGAUCGACAUUUAUUCCACCCGAGAGCCUCAGUUGGCCUUCCACCAGCGCAUCUCCUUCUGCCUAGACAUCCACAAUAUGUCUGUCAAGGCCAUGAGGUUCCCUCCCAAAUCUUACAACAAGGACCUUGAGUCUGCAGAGGAGCGGCGUGAGCGAGAGCAGCAGGAUCUGGAGUUUGCUAAGGAGAUGGCCGAAGAUGAUGAUGACAGCUUCCCUUGAACAGGGCGGCUGGGGAGGGGUAGGGGUGAGUGGGGGCUGGCUCUGCGUCUUCCCCCCUGGGGCCCCCCUUUUCCAGAGAGCCUCCUCCCCCACAGUGUCUCACAGACUGUGCAUGUGCAGGGGUGGGGGACAGGGACUGACCCCCACCCGACCACGGGGCCUCUCUCCAGCCGGUGGCUCGGCAGGUGGAGGGCAGGCAGGCAGGCAGGCUCCCCAGGGCAGGGUCCUGGCCAGCAGGAUAGGAGGGGGCAACCCCAUGUUCUCCUCUGGGGAGAGGGGGUAUGGGAGUGGGACACGUUGGGUUGUAUGUUUUUUGAAGCUUCAAUUAUGACUUUUAAACAAUAAAAAGUUCUCCAAA